AUGGGUGCGGAGUACAAUGCAAACGAGAAUCGCAGUUUCUCCCGGUGCCUCCCGGAGACUCGAGUUGAGCUCCUCGACAACUUGUGCACAUCCAUGCAGGGAACCGAUAGGAAGGUCAUCUGGCUCUUUGGCGAAGCAGGAUCAGGAAAGUCCGCUGUCGCUUAUACAGUCGCCGAUCGUCUGCGCACCAGUAAGCGGCUCGCGGCCACUUUUUUCUUCUCGCGAAACCAUACCGACCUCAACAAUACGAACCUCCUUUACCUCACUCUUGCCUAUCAAAUUGGCAGUCUCCACUUUCGUGCCAAACAAGCUAUCAUCCAUGCUCUUAGAGAAGAUCCCGAGCUCCUCUCUGACAAAAAGUCUCGUGCAGACCAAUUCGAACGUCUCAUCAAGGAGCCGCUCAAAACUCUUCGGCUUGUCUGGCAGACUAAAAGAAUUCUGAUUUUGGAUGCUGCUGACGAA